AUGUCAAACUAUGCCACUGGUCAACUGAAUAAUGCUUGUAAGCUUGAAGGAGUUCUACAAAGUCUUCAAAGCAUUGGGAAUACGCGAUUUGCAACAAUAUACUAUGCUGCAACAUCUGUACUUGACAACCUCCCUGCACUCUACAGGAUAUACCAAACUAAAGAGAUCAACACUAAGGGGACACCACUACCUAGUAUUGUUGCUGAAGCACUUGACAAGACAACUGUCAUGGCACUCAAGUUCCAACAAGAUCUGAAGGAACUUGUCAAUAUCCUAGAGCCCUUUGCUCGUGCCCUACUAUGCCUUGAAUCAACCUGUAGUAGCCUAUCAGACAUUUACUUCUUUUGGCUGGGAGUGCUUGCAGCAUUGGAUCAUCACUUUAAGUCCCAAAACUGUCUUCUUCUGCCGCAGGAUUGGGGCCGUCUCCGCUGCAUUGCAUUGAAGCGUUUCAACAAGGCAAUCAAUGACACACCAACUGAUGGGUAUGUGACGGUGUUCUUCUUAGACCCACGUUAUCAUGAUGUUGCUAUUUAUGCUUCCUCAAACGCCUGCUCCCGUCAGGCCACUGUUCCGCCCCCGGUUGAUUGUCCUCAAACCUCUAAUCCACAGCAACUAAACAAGUACAUCCUCAAUUGUGUUCAAAAGCAGUUAUUUGCUAUGCUAAAAGCGGAACUGGAGGCUGCCAAGGACAUCCCCCAUCACCCACUUCAUGCGUAUAGCCAAGACGCACUAGUUGCAAAGGAACAACUGCAUGAACAACUUGAUUGCUAUUACUGGGCUGAUCAACAAUUUCUUUCACAAUAUCUUACGCCCAAUCAAUCUGCUCUCCAAUACUAG